UAAACCCCUCCUAUCUCAGUGAAUGCGGACGUCAGAACCACAAUCAACUAAACUCCUAAUUGUUUCUCUCCAACAGGAUUUUAUAUUUCUCAGGGACAUAUCAAAAUCAGCCCUUCUCCCUGCUCCGAAGAACCUCUCAUCUCACUCACACGGCUCUCCGUCACGUGACCCGGGUCUUUCUCACAGGCUACAAGUGAAGACGGACACGUCGGGGACCCAACUGUGCCCACCCUCAUCCAAUUCCAAGGGCCGAGCAGUGCCAACCACCAGUGCCAUGGCUGGCAUCACUAUCCGGAGAUUUGAGGAAGACGACAAGGAGACCGUGAAGGAGAUCUUCACCAUGGGGAUGAGCGAGCACGUCCCUUCCUCCUUCAUGCACCUCCUCAAACAGCCCCUGACCCAGAUGAUCUUGAUGGUCACGUUCUGCGCCCUGCUGGCCAGCUCCAGGUCCGUCCUGCUGCCUGUAGUAGGGGUCACUCUCCUCCUGGCCGGGGCCAAGCAGCUGGUGGGCUACCUCUUCAACAGCUACAUCGACACCUCCCUGAGGAAGGACCUCGACCACAUCCAGGAGACCUACCUGGAGAACAAGGACUCGUGUUUCUGGGUGGCUGAGAGCGACGGCCGGGUGGUGGGUUCGGUGGCCUGCCUGCCCGCGGAGAGAGAACCGGGCUGCAUGGAGCUGAAGAGGUUGUCUGUACGUCGGACACACCGGGGGAUGGGUAUCGCUAAGGCCCUCAGUAGGACAGUGGCAGACUUCAGCAGGGAGAGAGGCUUCCCUGCGGUCGUUCUCUACACGUCUGUUGUGCAGACUGAUGCGCAGAGGCUGUAUGAGAACGUAGGCUACACACGGGUUAGAGAGUUCGUCAUCCCUGAGCCCAUCGCCAAAAUCACCAACUUUACUCUGAUAGAGUAUAAACUGGACUUACUGCAGGCGGGAAUAGGAGGAGGACUGGACUUACUGCAGGCGGGGAAAUAGGAGGAGGACUGGACUUACUGCAGGGGGGAUAGGAGGAGGACUGGACUUACUGCAGGGGGAAUAGGAGGAGGACUGGACUUACUGCAGGGGGAAUAGGAGGAGGACUGGACUUACUGCAGGGGGAAUAGGAGGAGGACUGGACUUACUGCAGGGGGAAUAGGAGGAGGACUGGACUUACUGCAGGGGGGAAAUAGGAGGAGGACUGGACUUACUGCAGGGGGGAGUUGGAGGAGGACUGGACUUACUGCAGGGGGAAUAGGAAGAGGACUGGACUUACUGCAGGGGGAAUAGGAGGAGGACUGGACUUACUGCAGGGGGAAUAGGAGGAGGACUGGACUUACUGCAGGGGGAAUAGGAAGAGGACUGGACUUACAGCAGGGGGAAUAGGAGGAGGACUGGACUUACUGCAGGGGGAAUAGGAGGAGGACUGGACUUACUGCAGGGGGAAUAGGAGGAGGACUGGACUUACUGCAGGGGGAAUAGGAGGAGGACUGGACUUACUGCAGGGGGAAUAGGAGGAGGACUGGACUUACUGCAGGGGGGAUAGGAGGAGGACUGGACUUACUGCAGGGGGAAUAGGAGGAGGACUGGACUUACUGCAGGGGGAAUAGGAGGAGGACUGGACUUACUGCAGGGGGAAUAGGAGGAGGACUGGACUUACUGCAGGGGGAAUAGGAGGAGGACUGGACUUACUGCAGGGGGAAUAGGAGGAGGACUGGACUUACUGCAGGGGGAAUAGGAGGAGGACUGGACUUACUGCAGGGGGAAUAGGAGGAGGACUGGACUUACUGCAGGGGGGGAAUAGGAGGAGGACUGGACUUACUGCAGGGGGGAAAUAGGAGGAGGACUGGACUUACUGCAGGGGGAAUAGGAAGAGGACUGGACUUACUGCAGGGGGAAUAGGAGGAGGACUGGACUUACUGCAGGGGGGAUAGGAGGAGGACUGGACUUACUGCAGGGGGGGAAUAGGAGGAGGACUGGACUUACUGCAGGGGGGGAAUAGGAGGAGGACUGGACUUACUGCAGGGGGGGAAAUAGAAGGAGGACUGGACUUACUGCAGGGGGAAUAGGAGGAGGACUGGACUUACUGCAGGGGGAAUAGGAGGAGGACUGGACUUACUGCAGGGGGAAUAGGAGGAGGACUGGACUUACAGCAGGGGGGAAAUAGGAGGAAGACUGGACUUACUGCAGGGGGGAAAUAGGAGGAGGACUGGACUUACUGCAGGGGGGAAUACGAGGAGGACUGGACUUACUGCAGGGGGGAAAUAGGAGGAGGACUGGACUUACUGCAGGGGGGAAAUAGGAGGAAGACUGGACUUACUGCAGGGGGGAAAUAGGAGGAGGACUGGACUUACUGCAGGGGGGAAUAGGAGGAGGACUGGACUUACUGCAGGGGGGGAAUAGGAGGAGGACUGGACUUACUGCAGGGGGGAAAUAGGAGGAGGACUGGACUUACUGCAGGGGGGAAAUAGGAGGAGGACUGGACUUACUGCAGGGGGGGAAUAGGAGGAGGACUGGACUUACUGCAGGGGGGAAUAGGAGGAGGACUGGGCUUACUGCAGGGGGGAAAUAGGAGGAGGACUGGACUUACUGCAGGGGGGAUAGGAGGAGGACUGGACUUACUGCAGGGGUGGAAUAGGAGGAGGACUGGACUUACUGCAGGGGGGAAAUAGGAGGAGGACUGGGCUUACUGCAGGCGGGGAAAUAGGAGGAGGACUGGACUUACUGCAGGGGGGAUAGGAGGAGGACUGGACUUACUGCAGGGGGGAUAGGAGGAGGACUGGACUUACUGCAGGGGGGGAAUAGGAGGAGGACUGGACUUACUGCAGGGGGGAAAUAGGAGGAGGACUGGACUUACUGCAGGGGGAAUAGGAGGAGGACUGGGCUUACUGCAGGGGGGGAAUAGGAGGAGGACUGGACUUACUGCAGGGGGGGAAUAGGAGGAGGACUGGACUUACUGCAGGGGGGGAAUAGGAGGAGGACUGGACUUACUGCAGGGGGAAUAGGAGGAGGACUGGACUUACUGCAGGGGGAAUAGGAGGAGGACUGGACUUACUGCAGGGGGGAUAGGAGGAGGACUGGACUUACUGCAGGGGUGGAAUAGGAGGAGGACUGGACUUACUGCAGGGGGGAUAGGAGGAGGACUGGACUUACUGCAGGGGGGGAAUAGGAGGAGGACUGGACUUACUGCAGGGGGGAUAGGAGGAGGACUGGACUUACUGCAGGGGGGAUAGGAGGAGGACUGGACUUACUGCAGGGGGAAUAGGAGGAGGACUGGACUUACUGGAGGGGGAAUAGGAAUGUUAUAAUAUCUGUACAUUAUAGGAACACCUGUAUUUACAAAAGUACAAUAAUUAAUGUUUUACUUUGGCUUGAGAUUAAGAAUCAGUGGUAGAGACUUAAUAAGUGCAUGAAGAGGUACAAAAGUAAGAUGCCUGUUUUUUUAAAACUAUACUUUCAGUUCCUGUUGAUACUAUGCCCAGUCUGUCUUCUACUAGCACAUGAUCGCAAUAGGAGGAAGAAGGAUUGUGAGACUAACUGCCCAUAACACAAAAAGCUGAACUCUACCUAGCAGAGACAUCUUUGUAAUAAAGUUAAAGGACAUCACCCUGGACGAGGUGAACCUCAGUUGGGGAUAAAAAGGGAAAACACCAUCCUGAGGACUGAGUGUGUUACAUGCAAAUGACUGUAAGUGUAAACUCCUGCUUGCAAUCUUUAUUAAACAAACAAACCUCUGAUCAA